AUGCACGACGUUGUCCAGCUCGGAACGCGGACAUUGCGUCAAAGGGUCUAUCGCAAUCUAUGGACCUUCAUGCCCUUAGUAGCAGUGAAAACAGGCUCCCCAUUCAGUACAGCACAAUCGGCUGACAUAGACCUGCUUUCUACUUCCAAUGACUACGUCGUUGACUAUUGGUACCGAGCAGCCAUGCCUCCUGUUGGUCACUUUUGCGGACGGCUCCGCAAGACAGCCGACAAUUCAAGUAGGAUGGACCCGGGGUACCUUGUGCUUGGUGUAGAGGUGCACGUCCUUCGAAGCGACAUGAAAGGCGGUAGACUUACACUCGUCAUAUGGCUCUGUCAGCUCGGGGUGAUGGUCCCAACAGCCCUUGCGGUGCAGUCUGCCAAUUCAGUCGCCACAGUCGGCACAGCAAACGCAUGGCCUUUGACACCGCCGACUUUUGACACAUCGUUGCCGCGACGUGCGCUGAUCAACGGCCCACUAGUUGUGUUGGGCAACUACCAGAACGGCAACGAUAAUCAGAACGGCGAUUCCAAUCAGCAAACGAGUAACUCAAACACCAACCUGACGGGGAACGGCAGCUCGGUCAUCUCGAAUGCCAACGGUGCUACGACGGACAUGAGCCACUCGAAUAAUCAACAGCUCAAUCAGGGGCAGCAGGAUCAGCGCAGCUCGCAUCGGGAAACACAGGCCCCGCUCCGUAACCUCACAGGGGAACAAGACUCGCAGCCUCAGGCAGUGGAAGAGACGCCUGCUGUGCCUGCAGCGAGGCCGUUGCCACCUCCAUCGCCUCAACAACAGCAGCCUGCAACCCCUUUUGGCCCGGAGCCAGUCCGAGCUGGAACACAGCCUCAGCUUGAUGUUUCACAAUCGCAGGCCAGCAACCAGCAAAACACCCAAAAUGCAGAGCAGGUCUCGGAAGCAGGCGCGCCUCAGCAACAAAGUAUGCAGCAGACGAACACUCGGGAGAGUACACAAAACACCAUGGCUCGCCCCGCUCCUGCCAAUGGAAUUGCGCCUACAGCGAAGCAGCACAGCAGCGUGCCAAGCAACGAGCAACAAGUCGAUCAGAAGGAGCAGCAACGACGACCGCGACCGGGCUCGCUGCCAUUGGCCCCAGCAAUCUCGACGGCCCCUCAAGUCAUUCAGGGUGUGCUGCCGAACGGCCUCGCCGAGGCUGGCCCUUUGCCGGAAACGGAAGCGUUGAGCGGUUUGUACCAUCUUCGUGGUCGCAGCGCCACGUGCAAGCUACACCAGAUCGAUCUGAUGAGCGAGCUGCCUACCCCUAAGCGAGUCGAGGAGGCUCAGUCCCCGUCUCCCACGUCCAUCUGCAUCGACGAGACACCUGAACGCAUGUACUGCGGCUCUUUAGAUGUCAUCCAAUCCAUCACCAUCUCAGCCAAGCUUGAACACGACGACCAAAACGAGAGGAUGAAGUCCACCACUUUCAGCAGCCUGGCGGUGCUCUUCGUUGCAGCUCUGUUUACAAGGUCUGUUGCUUUGCCGCUCAUCGGCGGCUCCCAGCUCGGAUCGGCAACUGGAUCCGCUGGCACGGCUCAGUCGGUGCAGAACAACGACUACUCGCAUGUCUCGCCAGGCAACCAGGUUCAAAACGGCGGCUCACAAACAGCUGACCUGCAGGGAGUGGCGGGUAAUAUCUUCCAGAGCUCCGGCCCGCUCGGUCUCCUUCACUAG